UAACAUGAAGACUGCGCAUGCGCUGAGCUGAGACACCGAAAAUGGCGGCGCUCCGGAUGGCUGUGUGCUGCUCCGCUGGAAGAGCUUUUCUCACGUCGAAAAGCGCAGUUCAUGUUUCUAAAGUGAAUAUGUCCUUCACCAGCCUGUCCAAAGGGGGAAAGGUGGCGAUUUCCACUUUGGGUGUGUUGACAGCAGGAGGAGCUGGUCUAGCACUGAUACUUCAUCAGUCUGUGAAAGCCUCAGACCUGGAGCUGCACCCACCAUCUUAUCCCUGGAGCCACAAUGGCAUGCUGUCUUCUCUGGAUCAUGCCAGUAUCCGCCGUGGCUACCAGGUGUACAAGCAGGUGUGCUCAGCCUGCCAUAGUAUGGAAUACUUGGCUUUCCGUAACCUGGUUGGAGUGUCGCACACAGAGGACGAGGUCAAGGCUCUUGCUGAGGAGAUUGAGGUAGUAGAUGGCCCAGAUGAGUCGGGAGAGAUGUUCACUCGUCCAGGGAAGCUGUCUGAUUAUUUCCCAAAGCCGUAUUCCAAUCCAGAAGCUGCACGGGCUGCUAAUAAUGGCGCUCUUCCUCCUGACCUCAGCUACAUUGUUAAUGCCAGGCAUGGUGGGGAGGACUACGUGUUCUCAUUGCUGACAGGCUAUUGUGAACCCCCUGCUGGCAUUUCUGUGAGAGAGGGUCUCUACUACAACCCCUACUUCCCUGGCCAGGCUAUUGGCAUGGCACCACCCAUCUACAAUGAGAUCCUAGAGUAUGAAGAUGGCACUCCAGCAACCAUGAGCCAGGUGGCUAAAGAUGUGUGUACUUUCUUGCGCUGGGCGGCCGAGCCAGAACACGACCAGAGGAAACGCAUGGGCCUUAAGCUGCUUAUGGGCUCAGCAAUCCUGAUUCCGCUAGUGUACUACCUGAAGAGGCACAGGUGGUCUGUUCUGAAGAGCAGGAAGAUUGCUUACAGGCCACCCAAAUAAACCACUCUUUGCCUAGCCUGGAUCAGCUCAACUCUGCGUCAACUCUGAGUGUCUGCGUCCAGUCCCUCAACAUUCAUUCAUUUAUUUGCCGCAGUGGACAUUCUGCCUUUCUUGCAAGGGAAUUACUUUGGUGACAUAAUAUUAUGUAUAAUAAAUACACUGAGGGAACAUCCUGUUAAUGGCUGCAUUUAGCUAGCUGAUGAGCUGAUGGACAUUGGAGGGCCAUGAUCAUACUUUAACAUCACACAUCACAGUGUCAAGGAGAGGAGUGUUAUUAUGUAAUGUACACAUUUAUGUCAAUAUGUGCUGCAUUGAAUAUAUUAAAUAAUUUUUGAAAACUUUA